UCCCGGCAUGCACUGCCCCGGAGGCGGUGGCUACGGCAGCAGGAAAGGGCCGCUGUUGUCAUCUUGGCCAUGGCGGCAGAGCCGCCCCCCCCGUUCGACCCCGGCGCGCUGCCCACGUUCACUGAGGAGGGAUUCACGGAAAAGUUCCUGCGCAAGACCCGCGAGAAUCCCCUGGUGCCCCUCGGCUGCCUGUGCACCGUCGGUGUCCUGGCCUACGGAAUUAUCUGCUUCAAGAAAGGCUACACUCGGCGCUCGCAGCUGAUGAUGCGGGCGCGUGUUAUAGCCCAGGGCCUCACAGUCGCCUCUGUUGUGGGGGGCAUGGUGGCCACGACUAUCAAAUCCCGACAGUGACACCGGACGAGAACGAAGGUGCGGCCGCGGACAAGCGUCUGCCAGCAGCCCCGGCUAGCAGGGUGGAUCCUGCUAGCUGCCGAUGGAGUUUUUUGAGAGACUGUUGAGAUGUCGCAGUGGAGCUGGUUCUGGAGCACUGGAAAGGGGGUGAAUACACUCUGUGAUUAACAUGUAAUUUGGGCCGUGGCAUUUUUUUUUUUGUUUCCCCAAGAGCUCACCCUCCUGCAGCACUGAGGCUGCAUGACACUAAGGCUCACCAGCCUGCCAGACUUCUUGUCCCUGGUUGAUGCUGUCACAGGCUGAUAAAAUUGUGUCUUCUUGGU